AUGGCUUUAUUUUUAAUAUUCUUAUUUUGUGCAACGACCACCUCUUUGCCUAUAGAGGACGACGACAUAGUUAUAAUCUCUGAUGAUUUCUUGAGUUCGAAUCGGAUCGAGGGAGAUGGAGAAAUUGACAUAUCUGACCUGGGACCACAGGCGUUUGGUUUGCCAACAAAUGAAAGCGGAGCAGCCCUAUCGGAGUGGAGCGAUUCGUCCUUGGUGAACCCUGAAGAAAUGGGCGGCUACCUACAGGGAGACAUCUUGAUACCGGGCUUGGCUAGAAAUGGAAUUAGGGACAAAACGUCGCGAUGGACAAAUGGCAUCAUCCCUUAUAUUAUUGAUGGCAGUUAUACUCAGGAGCAGAAAGACACAGUACGUAAGGCCAUAGCCGACUACCACCGCCUGACGUGUUUGCGGUUCGUGCCUUACAGUGGACAGAGCGACUACAUUAUCAUCAAAAGUUCCAAUACUGGCUGCUGGUCCAGCGUUGGGAGACUCGGCGGCCGUCAAGAGGUAAAUCUACAAGCACCUGGUUGUGUCUCCAAAAAGGGUACGGUGCUGCAUGAGCUUCUCCACGCGAUAGGGUUCAUGCACGAGCAGAGCCGGCCAGAGAGAGACGACUUUGUAACAAUUCAUUACGAUAACGUCAAACCUGGUACCGAGAUAAAUUUCAAGAAAUCUGACGUGAAAAGAACUGAUGACUUCGGCAUUGGCUACGACUACAACAGUGUGAUGCACUACUCCGAAUUUGCCUUCUCCAGAAACUCCAAGAAAACGAUUGAUCCCAAGGUCAGCAACACAAAGAUCGGUCAAAGAGAAGGUCUCAGCCGAGGGGAUGUAAAGAAAGUGAACAACAUGUAUAAUUGUAAAAAGGAAGAGCCACAGACAGGGUGGUUGGGUUCCAUUUGGCAAAGUUUUUUCGGCGAUAAGAAAUCCGACUCCGACGUGGUCGUCUCGUGA